ACCGAUCACACAGCGUCCGCGAGGCAGACGCCAGGCCCAAGCCCAACGGCCCAACCCCAGGACAGCGACGUGCUCGCAGACGACGCCGCGACGCCACGACGCCGCUUGCAGGACCAGGGUGCUCGGCGGACCUUGCGACGGACGCUGCGGACGGCGACGCGACACGGAGACACGAGGGAGGCACCGCAUGGCACCUCGGCGUGCCGUCGCCCUCGUCUAGCCGGUGUUUACAUUCACAGCGACCGGUCGCCAUGAAGUCGGAGGACAAGAGCGCGGGCCGCGUCCGCAUCGCCGUGCUCGGCAAGUUCAACGUCGGCAAGUCAGCUCUCAUCGUCAGAUACCUCACCAGGAGAUUCAUCGGGGAGUACCGCUCCAACACAGACCUCCUCUACCUGCAGGCCGUCGUGGUCAAAGGCUCCCUCAUGGACGUGGAGAUCGUCGACGUGUCGGGGGAAACGCGCGACUCCCCCUUGGAGGCGGCCCAGCUGGCGGCCGACGGCGUGGUCGUCGUGUACUCCAUCACGGACCGCGAGUCGUUCGAGUACGCGCAGCGGGUGCUGGAGCUGCUGUCCACGGUGCCGGGGCUGCCCACCACGCUGCUGGCCAACAAGGCCGACCUGGCGCACCUGCGAGCGGUGAAGGAGUCCGAAGGCCGAGCUCUGGCCGAGACCACCAACUCCGCCUUCUACGAGGUGUCCGUGGCGGAGGACAGCCCGGGCGUCUACCAGGCGUUCGAGCUGCUGGCCAGCGACUGCCUCACCUUCCUCAACAACAACAACACCCUCAACAGCAACAACAAUAACAACAACAACGCCGCCAACAGCACCACGACGCGGACGAGGAAGUUCUCCGUCACCAAGAUGCUGGGCACGCUCAUCAGCGGCAAGAGCUCCUCGCCACCGCCGUCCUCGCCGCCGCCCUCCACGUCAUCGUGCUCCUGGCAGCAGGGCACGGUCAAGGUGUGCCAGAAGGCGGACCUGUACCGCAGCGGCAUGCUGCAGCGGCGCGUCAAGAAGACCUCCAUCACCGCCUCGCUGUGACUAGAGCAGCAGCAGCAGGGACUGCACUGAGGCCGCCAGCGCAGGCGUCCCUGCUUCCCCAGUCUUCUGGAUGUCGCCUGACAGUGCAGUGGAAAUGCUUUGAACGCUCUCAGCGAUGCUCGUUGGAAGACUGGACCAUUUCGUAGGAGAGAGAGCAAUGGAGAAUGAUACACAAUAGUAGACAGUGGGUGCGGUUCGACUCGGUUUGACCAUACACUGCGACGGGGGGUUUCCAAACGGCCUAGGCAGCCAUCGUGGGCGCCAUCUAGCUAAACGCGUUUCUUGAUCUGAAAGCCAACUGUGAUAUUUACCGUAAUUUAAGAUAAUGCCAGAAGAAUAUGAGCUGCCGAGAGAUGAUGUUCCAAAAUGGAAGAGCCCUAUCGGCACGAGCGUUUCGAGGAAUCGUGUGUGUUCAAUUGUAUUUAUUCACCUCCGGGUCAAAAUCGAAGGCAGGCAUUUCUUUUCCGUGUGCGGAAGGUUACGGCGGUGUAUUGUAUACUCGCCUUUUACCGAAUGUAAUAAUAUUGUAUGUGCUGUUAUUUCUAGUCAUCCAGUUCAGGUUCUAAUUAGAUAAGUAAGAGCUGGCGGAGGCGGGAAACGAGUACACAAUGGGAGAGUUAUUUAGGUGUAAGUUCGGUGGUAACGAUGUGAUUUGCGAUGCUAGUCUGACUUUUGGAGUCCGCUUCCACCCCCGCCAGCGUUUAAGCAUUAACUAAGUGUACGAAUCUUGACAUUCCUGUAGCAUGUAAGUCGUACGAAGUGAUUCGGACGUGAGAAGAGGAGAAGGGGAGCUUUCGAAAAGACGGCGCGACUGUAUUCGGGAAAUGUGUUUUACCAAUAAAUAAACUAUAUUGUAACUCUUUUUCAUUGAAAAGUACUGUUAAGUGUGUAUAAAUGAUCGUGUGAAUGUGAGUACGUGUGUCUGUCCUGUCUGUCCGUCUAUGGAUGUGCAUGUAACUGUUUGAAAAUUCAAGGUGAUUUUAAAUAUGUGCACGAGUGCUCAACAUAAUUAAGCCCUGAGUUUCUAAUAAAAGCGACGACUACAAAAGAGGUUCAUCGGGGUUGAAAUGAUGUUUCUGUGUCCGUCGAGAACUGCCUGUCGAGUACACUGUUUGCAAAGAAUCGUAUGAUGAAUAAAAGUGU